AGCUAGCGCAGGAGCUUCAUAACCUGAAAAGUUUUCAGUGUUUUCACAACUCAUCGCUUUGAAACGGUUUACUAAAAAGGUCGUUUAUUGGUGAUUAGUGCAUCGAAUUAAUCGAAAACGGUUUGUGCAAAAGCUAGGUGAAACAUGUCUACCGCUGAGAAAAUUGAAGAAACCCCAGUGAAGGGUAAAACUAAGGAGAAAGAGGAGGAAAAAACGGAACUGAGCGAUGAAGAUAAACAGCUGCAGGAUGAGUUGAAUAUGCUGGUGGAACGGCUUCAGGAGCCGACGGUAGAACUGUAUAUGCCGGCUCUGGAAACCUUGGCCCGACUAAUCAAGGCAUCUACAACUUCUAUGACGUCGGUUCCAAAACCGCUGAAGUUUAUGCGUUCGCACUUCGAAACGAUGAAGGAAAUUCAUAAGAAAAUGACCGCAACACUGAAGGACAAAUCGACGUCCAAGCUGUGCGCGGAAAUUAUCUCGGUUCUGGCGAUGACGAUGGGAACCGGGAAGGAGUGUCUAGUUUAUCGGUUGCUGUGCGAUGACAGCAACGAAAGCAUCGGCGAUUGGGGUCACGAAUAUGUGCGACAUUUGAGCGGGGAGAUAGCUGGUAACUGGCCGGAAACAACGGAGGAUUUCAAGAAACGUUUGAUUCAUCUAAUUCAUCAGAUUAUUCCGUACAAUAUGGCCCAUAAUGCGGAGGCGGAGGCGUGCGAUUUGUUGAUGGAAAUUGAGCGACUAGAUCUACUGGAAGCGUAUGUGGAUGAGAGCGCCUAUCCGAGGGUGUGUCUGUAUUUGCAAAGUUGUGUUCCUUACGUACCGGAACCGGAGAAUAUGAGUUUGCUGAAGUGUGCAUUAAAUUUGUCCCGGAAAUUUAACAUUCACACCCAAGCCAUGCGUUUGGCCAUGAUGAUUAAUGAUCCACAAUUGAUUCAGGAUAUUUUUACUUCUUGCGCCGAUUUGGCCGUACAAAAGCAGCUGGCUUUUAUGCUUGGUAGACAGCAAAUCUUUCUGGAGCUGCCGGAGGGUUCGAAUGAUUAUGACGAUUUGGUGGAGAUUAUGUCGAAUUCCCACCUGAACAAUCAUUUCCUAAAUUUGGCUCGAGAAUUGGAUAUUAUGGAACCGAAGACACCGGAAGAUGUCUACAAAUCGCAUCUGGAUAACUCUCGUACCCCGUUCGGUUCGUCGCAGAUUGAUUCGGCCCGGCAAAAUCUGGCCGCUAGCUUUGUGAAUGGAUUUGUCAAUGCUGGCUUUGGUCAGGAUAAGCUUCUGAUGGAGGAUGGAAAUAAGUGGCUCUAUAAAAAUAAGGAACACGGAAUGUUGAGUGCCACUGCCUCACUUGGGUUGAUUUUGCUUUGGGACGUUGAUGGCGGUUUGACUCCGAUUGAUAAGUAUCUCUAUUCGAAUGAAGAUUACAUUAAAUCCGGUGCGCUACUGGCUUGUGGUAUCGUUAAUUGCGGUGUCCGGAAUGAGGUUGAUCCAGCACUGGCUCUGCUGUCGGAUUAUGUGCUACAUCAGAACAGUACGAUGCGUAUUGGAGCCAUACUUGGGCUUGGUUUGGCCUAUGCUGGUUCCAAUCGAUCGGUCGUGUUGGAGCUGAUCGGUUCUGUGUUUAGUUCGGAGCGGCGUACCGGUUCCACCAUGGAAGUGAUGGGUAUUGCAGCGUUGUCUCUUGGAAUGAUCGCCGUUGGAUCCUGCAAUAGUGAGGUGUCGGAAGUCCUGCUGCAGACUAUUAUGGAUCGUUCCGAGUUGGAGCUGAAGGAUACUUACGCUCGGUUCCUACCAGUUGGAUUGGGAUUUGUUUAUCUUGGGCGCCAAGAAGCGGCUGAAGCCGUCAUUGCAGCACUGGAAAUUAUCCAGGAACCUUUCCGCUCGAUGGCCAAAACAAUGGUUGAAAUUUGUGCUUACGCUGGCACUGGAAAUGUACUGAAAAUUCAGCAACUGCUGCACCUCUGUUCGGAGCAUUACGAACCGGCCACAACGGAAAGUGAAAGCUCCUCGUCGAAAAAAGAUGCUGCAGCAGCGGCAGCCGCUGCCCAGAAAGAAAAGGAAGACAAGGAGAAGGAUCUUUCCGGUUGUCAAUCGGUGGCCGUGCUUGGAAUUGCUCUGAUUGCGAUGGGAGAGGAAAUAGGCUCGGAAAUGGCUUUCAGAUCGUUUGGAAAUCUGCUGCGUUACUGCGAACCCUGCAUCCGCCGAGCCGUUCCGCUAGCUUUGGGUCUCAUUUCGGUGUCCAAUCCUAAGUUGAACAUUCUGGACACGCUGAGUAAAUUCUCCCACGACAGCGACGCAGAAGUUGCGCACAAUGCAAUCUUUGCCAUGGGAUUGGUGGGAGCGGGAACAAAUAAUGCCCGGUUGGCUGCGAUGUUGCGUCAAUUGGCUCAGUAUCAUGCCAAGGAUCCCAACAAUCUGUUCAUGGUUAGAAUUGCACAAGGACUGACCCAUCUGGGCAAGGGAACACUAACUCUAAGCCCCUAUCACAGCGAUCGACAGCUGAUGAGUCCGGUGGCCGUGGCUGGCUUGAUGGCCACUCUCGUAUCCUUUAUGGAUGUUAAGAACAUUAUCCUGGGAAAAUCGCACUACUUGCUCUACACUUUAGCCACCGCAAUGCAACCGAGAAUGUUGAUUACCUUCACGGAAGAUCUUAGCCCAUGCCCGGUUCCAGUCCGUGUUGGAAUGGCCGUAGAUGUUGUUGGACAAGCGGGCAAACCAAAAACCAUUACCGGCUUCCAAACGCACACCACUCCGGUGCUGCUGGCGAUGGGCGAACGUGCUGAACUGGCCACCGAAGAGUACAUUUCGCUAACACCCAUCAUGGAAGGUUUCUGUAUUCUGAGGAAAAACCCCAAUUAUACUCCCUAAGAGACAAGGAUCAACUUUUAGCAAACAAAUUUUGCGAAUGCGAUGAAAAGCCUACACGUACAUUUAUUUAACUUUCUAAGUAUUUGAAUAAACUACAGUUCAAGACUUU